CUUUGCCGUCUGCUCUCAAUUCUAUCCUUUCCAAAGUCUACUUAAUCUCUCCACCCGAGCAAUAAUCAUGGAGGACCUCGUCAUCACACCUUCUCAGAAGGCGCAGCUACACGAGGUAGCCGAUCUCAUGCUCGAAAUCUACCGCACCCUCGCACGCAUGCGCUACCUCGACCCGUCGUGGAUCCGCGAGGGGCCGCACGACAUCAGUGUUCUUCUGCCCAUGUAUCAUUCCCACGGCCUGGAUGCCACGGUCAUCUACCUGUAUGGCAUCCUCCCUUACGUUGACACGGGCGGCGCCGAGAACGUGGACUUUUUUCAAGGCGGUGAGUUUGCGGACUUCCGCCUGGAUGAAAGUGUGGAGCGGGGCCGGGAUCCGUUCUAUGAAGGUGAAGACGAGGUGGCUCUGCGCCCGUGGAUGACGCCUUUGUCGUUGCUGGGCAAUCACCAAAGCGUCAUUAUCUACGAUGCGAAGAAACAUUGCAUUGGGAUUUUUGAUCAAGAGUCUGGCGGAAGCACUGAUCACAAUCUGUGGGCUGUCGUGCAAGAGACGAGUGAGGGUGGGGAAGGGGCAGGGGAGGAGAAAGAAGAGGCAGGGGAAGAUGGCGAGAAUAGUCAGGACGAGGAGGAGGGCGAGGACGAGGAAGAUGAGGACGAGGACGGGGAUGAGGAUGAGGAUGAGGACAUGAAGGAGGACGAGGACGAAGAAGAUGGCGAAGGACCCUAUGAUGAGAUGGACAGCCGGCCGGCCGCUAACGUCCUGCGCGACAUCAUCCGGUGGUACCAUGAACUCAUCGAGACCCCGGGAGGCGGCCAGCAUUCCGGGGGCGAGUGGGAUGCAGAGCUGGUCAAGCCUCUGUACCGCAAACACGGCUGGCCCCAUGACAACUUCGAUGGCGACGCUUUCCUCGUGGACCAGGCACGUGCAGCGGCUGCCGCCUCGGCCAAGUGGUCCGCCGAGGAACCGCUUCAUGAGGUGGCCAAGUACAGAGGAUGGCUCGAAGACGACGACAGUCCGGCCAUGCGACAGCGGAGGGACAGGCUGGGGGCAGCGCAAACGGUCGACGAAGAGUGGGUUGCGCGAUGGGAGUUGUGGCAGGCGGAGCAGAGGAAUCGACAUGUCCGGAAGAAACUCCACGAGGCAGAAGAAGUCAGGGACCGCGAAUGUCCCAAUGGACAAUGCCAAAAGCCUGAAGAUCUUCCGCUGUGGGAAUUGAGGCAGCUGCGAAUAAACUCCUGGGAGAAACAGCGGACGCUGGAAGCAACGCAACAAGAGGCAGCCAAAGAGACGGAGACUGGCGAGCCAGAGGGCGUACCAGGGAUCCAGCUCAGGCUUCGUCACGCAGAGAAGCAAGCGGCAACUUAUCAUAAGGCGUAUGAGGCAUCCCGGAUUAACGCCGAGCGCCUCUGUCCAGGCCGGCAGCCCUUCACCCUUGGCCUUGGUGUCGAGACCUCGGGAUUAGAUCUCGAAGAGAGGAUGGCGAAUCUAACUAGCUACAUUGAGGACUCGCAGUCCCAGGCCGCGGCAAUCCAGGAUUGGAUGGCCCAGCUGCCUGCUGAUGGCACUGCCGAUCAAGCAAGAAAACUGGCCCAAGAGGCUGUUAAUAAGAAGGAGCAGUAUAUCGAAACUUGCAUGGAACAGUGCCGUGGAGUGGCUCUAUCGUUGGAGAAAGGGGUAUGAUUAGGAA